AUGGUAUUCUCUCCUCGAGACCAAAACCAUCAGCCACUGACACGAGCAGAAAACAACCCCGACGUGCUCUCCACGCUCAGCCACAACCUCGGGGUGUCUCCCAAGCUGACCUUCCAUGACGUGCUCUCCACGACCUCUUCGGAUCUGCUGGGUUUGAUCCCCCGCCCGGUCAACGCGCUCAUCUUCCUCUGCGACACACCCAUCUACACCGCCACACGGUCCGCUGUCGAGCCGACCAUCCCGGUGUACCAGGGGUCCGGGCCGGAUGAGCCCGUCAUCUGGGUCAAGCAAACCAUCGGACAUGCCUGCGGGUUAAUGGCGUUUCUUCAUUGUGUCUGGAACCUGAGCAAUGGUGAUUACAUUUUACCCGAUUCGGGAUUAGCCAAGUUGAGGACAGAGCUUAUCGCACUCGGGCCUGUCGCCCGGUCGGAGAAACUGUACAAUUCGGUUUUUCUAGAACGGGCGCAUAUGCAUGCUGCAGCGCAGGGAUCUUCGCAUGUCCCGUCGCCAGCGGAUGAAUGUGGAUAUCAUUUCGUGGCCUUUGUCAAGGACGGGGACGGACGCGUGUGGGAAUUAAAUGGCGGCUUAAAUGGACCGCUGCUGCGGGGGACUCUCGGCCCCGACCAGGAUUUAUUGAGCGACCAAGGAUUGGAAUUAACGGUGCAGGAGUAUUUGGACGCAGCUCGGGGUCUUGAGGGAAAUCAGGGCGACGGGAUCAGUCUGGUCGCUCUUGCGGAGGCUGCCUAG